CUAACAAUUUUGUAUGAGUUCCGACUUCACCAUUGAUAAUAGGAUGGUCAAUAGUGUAUAUAGGUCAAAAAUUCGUUGAGUAAAAUUUUAUAUGUAGUUUGUUUAAAUAACCGUAAAAAAUAAACCAUUUCGAAAUAUCAAUCAAGUUUAUAUAUUAAUUAUAUUAGUCCACACAAUAUAAUUAAAAAUUUCUACACAAACUUUUAAACGACAAACGCUUAAGUUAUAUCAUAAACUUGAAUAACUAAAGGUAAAGGUAGGGACAAAAACGUUUUUCCUUCGGCUUAUUUUUAUUGAUUGAUCUUUUUGAGCCCUCCACCCUCGCAAAACUAAGACUCUUCAUGCUCCCUAAUGACUCAAAUUUAUAGCUGUCCUACUAUAGAUAACCUAUUGUAUGACUAAGGUUAUCUGUUGGUUAUAAAUUUUAUUCCUUAUUGAAAGGUUUAGAGAUAGAUGUAAGGUAUUUAGAGAUCAAACAAAAUAAUGCUCUAGCAUGGGAGGCGCAACUUCUGGCCUUGGAGAGACGUUUUCUCGGGUGUUAAAUGAUGAGCCUAUAUUUACUUUGCUAUCAGAGGAAAUUAAUAAUCUUUCUUAUGAGGAUCUUUUGAAGCUAUUAUCUGAAAUGAAUCAUUUAUCGAAAAAAUGUUUAGAUUCAAAUGGGCAUCAAUUAGUAUUUAUGGUGAAAAAAGAGACAGACUCCACUAUAUUCUGGAGAGCUACUAUUCAGAUUGCUUGUGUCAAAAUCAAUGCUGACACACAAGAAGUCGUUAGUUACAGACUUCUAAGUUUAAGCCAAUUUAUGAAAAUUUUCAAAACCCUCAGCUGCCAAAAUUUAGCAGCUGAACAUAGUCAAUGCUGUACAAGUUCUAAUUCCGAAAAGUUAAACAUUUCAAAAAUUUUGGAUAAUAUUAAUGAAAGCUCAAAUUCUCACAGCUCAGAGGAAUGUUGUAUCUGUUUCGAAAGGAAACAAGAACUGACUCUACCUUGUGCACACAGUUAUUGCCUGCAAUGCAUAGAAGAAUGGAAUGAAGCUCAUGACACCUGUCCUAUAUGCAGAGAAAGAUUGCAGAGUAGAGAUGAAUCGUGGAUAAUUUCGGAGGUACCCAAAGCUGAAGAUAUCAGUAAGGAAAUCCGGGACAAUCUCUUAGAACUUGCAGAUGAUAAACCAUCUGUCUGCAGCCCUUCUUAAACAGUU